AAAUCUUCUGGCAACACCGGUCUUCAGCUGUAGAAAUUGCAUAAACAAACCUCGUUACUGGAAAGAAAUAAUUAAAAUGUCGUUUAAUAUAAUGCAAAAACUGACCAUGCAGUGCCUAAAGGCGGACCAGCCACUGAUGACUACCGUGCGUAAUGCCAGCAAGAAAACCGGUGGUAGUACGCGGAACAAGAAGGGGCACGCGAGGCCGAAGCAUCGAGGAUGGCGCGUUCAGGAUGGACACCACGUCUCAGAAGGCACCAUCCUAGCCACCCAACUCACCACACGCUUUCACCCGGGCUUAAAUGUGGGCUUCGGACGCAAUGGAACCCUGUUUGCCAUGGAGCACGGAAAGGUUUAUGUGACCUGCGAGCCCAUCGACCCCAACUGGGAUCACACUUGGAUUCAGCGCAACUACGCCGGCCGCCAGGACCAGACCAUCUAUAAGAAAUUCUUUAAUGUUAUACCUGAAAAUCAGCACCAGCGGUUUCGGUUAGUGGAGGAAAUCUAAAAAGUUUAAUAUUAAAUUUCACAUACAUCAAUUA